AUGAUCCAGUCGCUCUUUAUCCUGAACAGAUCCGGCGGGCUCAUUUACCAGCACGAUCUGAACGAUGGAUUGAACAAGCUAAGCGCCAAUGAACACCUCAUCCUUGCCGGCACGAUACAUGGUGUGUUUGCCAUUGCUUCAAAGUUGACUCCCACUGCGGUGAAAGUCUCUGCUCAACCGCGUGCCCAGUCCCAGGGCAGUGCAGUGAACGGUAAUACCUCUGGUCUGAAGAGCAUUGAAACGGAUAAGUUCAGCAUGUACAUCUUCCAGACGUUGACUGGAGUGAAGUUUCUACUGGUUACUGAUCCAGCCCAGGGCGACCUGAACAGUGGUUGUGACACCGCUGAGAACGUGCUGCGUAAGAUCUACGCAUUGUACGCGGACUACGUUAUGAAGAACCCGUUUUACGAGAUUGACAUGCCCAUUAGAGUGGACCUGUUUGAUCGGAAAAUAGCAGAGCUGGUGAAGGCUCUUUGA